GGAAAGUUUGGAUCAAUUCAUCCAACAGGAAGUCAUACCGGCAGAAGCCGAGUAUCACGAACACAUGGAGGGGCGUCACAGCAAUGGCAAGGGAAGAAACGAUAGCCGGUGGUCUUUAGAUGCCAUGCCUCCCUGUCUGUCGAGGUUGCAGUCCCGUGCGAGAGAACUGGGAUUUUGGAACUUGUUUUUGCCGCCGCGGCUGCUGAAAUAUCCCCACUGGGAUCCAAAACUGCUCGGUCCGGUGGACCCUAACAACGUGCUCUGUCCUUCGAUCACCCUGACCUACCGGGAGUAUGGAAUACUGGCCGAGAGCAUGGGCCGGUCGAUCGAACUGGGAUCAAUGGCCUGCAAUUGUUCUGCUCCCGAUACGGGCAACAUGGAGGUCUUGUUGGAAUUUGGAACACCGGCACAACAAAAACAAUACCUGAAACCCUUGCUGGAGGGGAAAAUUCGAUCGACGUUUUUGAUGACGGAACCCGACGUGGCCAGCAGCGACCCAACCAAUCUAGAAACYGUUCUUAUCAACCACAAACAAAAACAGAACGGCAAUCAAUCGUAUACAUUGAAGGGACGAAAAUGGUGGUCGACUGGUGCUAUGGAUCCCCGGUGCCGGAUCGGAAUUUGCGUUGCCAAGAUUGUCGAUGAGAAGGAAGGCGAAGGGAAUGAUGCAGAUAAUAGCAGUGUCGGAAAAGCCAAUCUGCACGGUCAGCACACCAUUGUUUUGGUUCCUCUUCCCAACCCAAACGUUAGAAUGAUCCGGGCCCUCCAGGUCUUUGGAUACGAUGAUGCCCCCUUUGGACACGCCGAGGUGGGUCUCGAGAAUGUUCCCCUGACACAAGAGCACCUGAUAGGUGGUCUGGGCAGCGGUUUCAAGGUCUCACAGGCUCGCCUGGGACCGGGACGAAUCCACCACUGCAUGCGAUCUAUCGGAUUGGCCCAGCGGUGUUACGAACUGAUGCUGGAGCGAUCCACGCAACGAAAAACCUUUGGCAAGUUCUUGUGCCAGCACGGGAGUGUCCAGAAAGAYAUUGCCGCAUCCUUUCACGAUCUCCAACAAGCUCGCUUACUGACACUGGACUGCGCUCAUCGCAUGGACACAUCUCCAAACGGACCCCGGGGCGCCCGGCAACACAUUUCCAGCAUCAAGGUAGCGGUUCCGGCCCUCUGCUUGAAUGUCAUUGACCGCGCCUUGCAGGUCCACGGUGGGCUAGGUGUCUGCCAGGACACUAUCCUGGCCUCUGCCUGGGCCGGGAUGAGGACAUUGAGAAUUGCCGAUGGCCCCGAUGAGGUCCAUCGGCGGUCGGUGGCGCGAAUCGAAAUCAAGAAGUGGGUGAUGGCUAAACAGGAAGCACAGGAGCAGGAUCAAUUGAAAAGAAGCCGGCUCUAAUUUUUGAUUCUUGAUUUUUGUUUUGCUUAGUAUACUACACAUGCAUGUAGUAUCUAUUCCUUCAAAAAAUAUUUUUUGUACGUCAAAAAUAGAUUCGUGCUCAUGUG